CCCACCCACAGAACAUCAACACCUUCCUGUCCAUGCCCCUCACCCCCGACGACAAGCCCCAGACACACCCACAGCUCUACCCUCAGGACCAUCUGCAGUCAGAGCCUCAGCUCCAGGUUCAGGACCAGGCCCAGCUGGUCGACCCCUGGCCACAGCACCAGGCCCAGGACCAGGCCCAGCUGGUCGACCCCUGGCUACAGCACCAGGCCCUGGACCGCUGCCAGCUCCAGGCACAACACACCCAGCCUCUGACCCACAGUCACAGCACUUCCUGCACCCUCAUCUCCUCCAAGACAG